CACUGAGUGUUGACGUCAGGCAGAUGAUGCAGACGCGCUCUGCAGCUUCACUUUGAGCACUUCAUUGUGUUCGUGCAAUGAAACUUAUGUGUGUGUCCCUCACCAAAGACCAGUUCACGCCAAAUCUGAAGCGCAGAUUGAUAGUCGCAGAAGGAUUCAUCUCGCAUUAGUCCAUCCUGGAUCGGAUUACGUGUUAAAUCCUCUGCGCUGGGAUUCAGUUUUGUUCCUCUAAAGAUGCCCGCUUGUGGAUCGCAGAUUGGGGACUUUCGCGGAAUUAAACGAGCUAAAGUUGACCUCUUCUCCCUGGAAGAGUUUUGACUGAGUCACACAUACCCAACUAAUCAUUCUGAUGGAUUUCUGCAGGACGACAAGAACUUCAGAUUUAAUGCCUUCUGUGAUCUAUUGGAGGCUUUAGUAUAUGGCUGUGUGGUGAUAGCUGAAGCCUUCCUAUGAGGUGCGCAUAUUGGUGUGGACCCCCGGCUUCCCUCCCAGUGCCAGCAGCAGCAGCAGCAGGACUAAGGGAUGUCACAAGUAUUCCUCCUUCUGACCCUGCUCAGUUUCUCCUCCUGCAUCCAGGUGUCAUCAACUGCAUCCCUCAAAACUUUGAUGGCAAGAUGGAUGAUGUACCGAGAUGAAUGUUUUCGAAAUAUUAGCAGAGAACCACCGAUGGCAGGUCUUGUGUGCAACAGGACAUUUGAUAAGUAUGCCUGCUGGCCAGAUGCACUGCCCAAUACUACAGUGAGUGUGGCCUGCCCCUGGUACCUGCCCUGGCACAAGGAAGUCCGACAUGGGUUCGUGUAUCUGGAGUGUGAUGCAGACGGACAGUAUAGCAAACAGAAGAAUGCCAGCGAAUGUCUAUCACGUGACCCCACACAAAUCAACAUGCGACACUACGGACGGAUCCUCAGUCAGUUCCGGACCAUGUACACCAUUGGAUAUUCCCUGUCUCUCGCGGCACUGGUGCUGGCAUUGGCUAUCCUGGUGGCCUUUAGGAAGCUGCACUGCAUGAGAAACAACAUCCACAUGAACUUGUUUGCCUCCUUCAUCCUGCGAGCCUCUUCUAUUCUCAUCAAAGAUGCCAUGUUGGAAAGGCCUGAUGACUUCCAUGCUGGUCAGGACAUCACCACAGAACUGGAGGUGGAGUGGCUGGUUAAAAACGAGACGGCGAUCGGCUGCAGGGUUGCAAUGGUGAUGAUGCAGUACAGCAUACUGGCCAACAACUACUGGCUGCUGGUGGAGGGCAUCUACCUGCACAGCCUUCUGGUCAUCACAGUCUUGACGGAGAGGAAUUACUUCGCCAUCUAUCAGUGUAUCGGCUGGGGUGCCCCUCUGAUAUUUGUGUUGCCGUGGGUGAUCGUGAAGUACUUGUACGAGAAUGAAGAAUGCUGGGUGCAGAAUAUUAACAUGGAGUACUGGUGGAUUAUUCGUUCGCCAAUCCUGCUGGCCGUGUUGAUUAACUUUUUCAUCUUCAUACACAUCAUCAAGAUUCUUGUGUCCAAACUGAGGGCGCACCAAAUGAGAUAUUCUGACUACAAGCUCCGGCUUGCCAAGUCAACACUCACCCUGAUUCCGUUACUGGGGAUCCAUUCGGUCCUGUUUUCAUUUGUUACUGAUGAGUCUACCUCACAUGGUGCUCUAUCCCUGCGCCUCACAAAGCUAUUUAUCGACCUAUUUUUCAACUCCUUCCAGGGGCUGCUGGUAGCCAUAUUAUAUUGCUUUGUCAACAAGGAGGUUCAGUCUGAGAUUCUGAAGAAAUGGAGACGUUGGAAGCUUGGGAGGGACAUAGAGGAGGAGUACCGUCACACCUACAGCCAGUCCCUUCAAAUGAAGAGUGGCAGCAUCAUGGUCCCUCCUUCCAACCUCUCGCGGCUGCCUGAUAUGGCUACCACUACCUCCCGGCUCGGCAGUCCAGAAGAGAAGCAGAUGCUGGUGUCCCACAGCCAGAAUGGUAUGGGUACUGGAUUGCAGUUCACCUCCACACCACAAGAUAGUUCCACCUGCAGUUCGAUAACAGAGGACAUAGUGAUGGUGGACAGAGGAAAGUGUUGUAGCGUUCAACAGGACAGCAACCUGUAAGAUGUCUUGCAAAGAAGACCCUUAGGCCAGCCACCCUUGCAUCUUCUGGCAGAGUUCCCUGAAGCAAGGAGCAAGAGGCAUGUGAAUGUGUGCGUGUUUAUGUGUGAGUUUGUGAAAGCACUAUCCUCUCUGAAUGACACAUGAUGGACACGCGUUCAUCAUGUUACAUGGUGCUCAGUUGACGCUGUCCCAGUCCGACAGGAUCAGCGGUGAGCAGAAGGUGGACAUAUGUUAAAGAUUUGCACAAAUGUACAUGCUAACAACUCAAUGAUGAAGAACAGAGUCUUACCUCUAGUCUUAUAUAGGUGUCUGUGAUGUUGAUGAUUUAGUUGAGAAAUCCCAUUGGGACUGCAGGGUCCAAGAGGAACCAUCACAAGAAAACAUCUACUGUACAACCAGUGCCUCUGGAUGAACGAGAGAUUAACAAAGAGAUACAUUUAACUGAACUUGUCAAAAUGUUGACUAAACCGGGUAAUGUAUUCCAGAGUGAAUAAUCUCCAUUUAAACCGAAGGACCCCACAUGAAAAGGCCAACUUUUACCUGAAUUUCCAUACAGGUUUAUGCUAAUAUGGUGCCGAUGGACUAGCAAAGCCAAAAAUGGGUAAAGCUGAUUAGUCAAGGACAUUCUGCUGGUUAAGUAAGCAAAGAAGCCUUGUGGUGACACCAACACACCAGCAUUUUUGUUUGCUUAUAUUUUGGAAUCAAUUGACACUUUUGGGUACAUGUAACACGUAAAGCUGUUUUUGUGUAGUUUAAUUAAAACCAUCUUUGUCUAUGUUAGAAAUUAAUUGCCAAGAUAAGGUAUAGAUAUAGACUGAUCAAGUAUUGACAGGUAUUACCCAUGUGCCUUUUUCUGUAGGCCAUAGACCCCAAUAUUAAAACAAAAACAGAAAGAUUCACCUUGCAGAGUAAGUGAAGUACAAAUCAGUCACCCAAUCUUCAGAGGUUAAAGUUGCUUAAAGCAGAUUCUGUAUAACGAACAGGAUUUCAAGCAAACAUUAGAUGAAUGUGCCACUAUUAAUCACGAUGAUUUGCUCCCUUGAAGGAAAUAUGCUUGGUCAAGCAUGCAAAAUACAGCCAUAUGUGAAAUGCUUUAAAGGGUCUGGGUCAAUGCCUUAAUCAAGUAGCAUGACAGAUCUGAUUCCCCUGUGUCAGCGGUCAGAGGAGAUGACUAUCCACCAGACAUGUUGAUAUGUUCAAGAGUCAGUAUUAGUGAGCAACUGCUUCUUCUCUCGCAUACUUCUCAUCUCCCAGUAGGCAUUCAAAUUCUUUGCCAUAGAGCUUUGAACGAUGUUCAGGAUGUGUAGGAGGAACUGCAAGGACAAAAUUAAGAACAAAUUACAACCUAAGACAUCGAUCAAAAUGGUUCCUCACUCAGAGGAUGUUUAUCAUGCUCAGUUCAAGAUACGAUAUGCUAUUCAAAAAAAUACGCAACCGCAAGACACUGAAAUGAGAUUGCAGCGAAGUGUAGAGGUGAAGUAAAUAAUUUCUAUGACAUUAGCGCCAGCAAAUCUGUGUGUUUGAGUGGCCCAGCUGAGCCAAAACCAUAACAGUGUUUGGGGUGGGACUUUUUGUUUUAACCAUAGGGUUAAGGUUUGGUUGGGUAAUAUUAGCAGUUAACCCCUGCUGGUAGAUGCUGACUACACAAUUAUAGAGGCAAAAAUCAUAUUUCCUCACUGACGACCUUACAUGUAGAGUAACUACAUUUAAGUGAAAUGAGAAUGCUAAAAAAGAAUGGGUUUUUUCAGUUAUUGAAAUAUAGAAAGUCUCUUAUGAAAAUAAAUGUUGUACACUUUUGUUUAGUGUCACUAAUGACGUAUAAAUUACAUACUUCUCCUUUAAUGGCAAUGAGCAGCUGAUGCCCCAUAUUGUGGCAUAUGUGUGCAUUAUGAUGCACAUUUAUAUUUUCUUUAGAUCAUCAAACACAUGAUGAUAAUGAUUUUCGCUGAUAACUGUUAGGGGCAAUUUGCACAAUUUUAAUUUAUAAUUGUUAAAUAUGUAGAUAUCGGUAAAUGCCUGUUGAGAUUUGUCAUGACUUUGUUUUGUGGUGUCUGUUAUUUGUGCACAUGGUGUGUAUUUGGUGCUUGUGUGUGCUUCGUGGAGAGUGAGAGAAACAUCUAGGUCCUGGUUAAGUGUUCAGUAAACUAAAAAAGAUAAAUUACUGACAUUUUUUGACCAAUUUUGCAUUUUGAGUGAGAGAUAAUUCAGUCCUUCUGUGGUAAUUGUGAGACCGUAGUGGCUAAUUUAUAAUAACUGCAGAUGAAAGACUCUUUAGUGCUUACAAAGUGCUAAACGUUGCAAAAUCCAGUUGGACUUUUUUUCAAAAAUGGGAAAUACUUAAUUUCCACAAGGGAUCAAAGACCAUGAACUUAUUUGUCAUGAGGUUGUCUGCCACAACAAAACCUCCUGUUGAAUAUUUCAAACAGAUUUUCCAAAAUUGACAUCAUGUAAUGUUAUCCAAGGAUGACAGUAAUCGUGGAAGUCGAUAAAUCAUGCAUACAUGGGUCUGCCUUCUAUUUCCAUGUGAGUGUAAGGCCUCUGUUUCUUGCAGCCAAACUGAAGUGAUGCCAGAUUCUUCAGUGAGGGAGGCAAAGCGUCUGUUAUGCUCAUCUAUCUGCAUUCAAACUUCAGAGCCUCUUGAAAUAUCUAGAAAUGAACCUGCCAAGAGUAUCCCAGGAGAACCCGAGCCAUGCUUUGAAAGCAGGAGAGAUGGAAAGCUGAAUCUGUGUAACAGAACAUGCAUUGGAUGAACUGAACCCAUUAUUUUUAAGUAUGUGAAUGGUAAUGAUGUUGCAUCAAAGUAUGGUAUUUUAAAACUGUCAAAACUAAUACUGAUGUAUAUAUAGAAAUAACUUACUCAAAUAUGAAAAAAGAA